AUGUCAAAGUCCUCGGAUCAGUUUGAAGACCCCGACUGUGUUUCUUCCUUUGGUAUGAAGUUAACGUGGGAUAUCAACGACCCAAAGCUGCCUCAGGACACAAAGCAGUAUGACGCUUUCCAGGAGUGGACGGAUGGGUAUGUUCGUUACAUCUACACCGGCGAGGAUAAGAACGCACAGCGGCACCUGAGUGGAUGGGCCAUGCGGAACACCAACAACCACAACUGUCAGAUUCUCAAGAAGUCCUGCCUCGGUGUAGUAGUCUGUGGCCGAAACUGCACGCUGGCUGACGGAAGCAAACUCCAGCUCCGACCGGCUAUCUGCGACAAAGCACGACAAAAACAACAAAAGAAGCUGUGCCCCAGUUGUAACUCUGCCCUGGAGCUGAUGCCAUGCAGAGGACACAGUGGCUAUCCCGUCACCAACUUCUGGAGAAUAGAUGGAAAAGCUAUAUUCUUCCAGGCGAAGGGGGUCCAUGACCACCCCAGACCAGAGAGUAAGUCUGAGACAGAGGUCCGGAGGAGUGCAGUGAAGAGGAGGAUGUCCUCUCCACACUUCUCCCAGAAGAGGAGGUUGAUGGAGCCAGAUACCGGGAGAUACCACGACCUGGGUGCUCCUUUCCCCAACCUGCACCAGCUGUCCUGCAUGGAGGGCCCGGACCGCUUUAGCAUCAUCGCUGAGUCCAACUUCCCCAUCCAGACCCAGCACUACCCUCCCUUCCAAAACCCUGAGCCCUACAAGUUUGCCUACGAUUCCCACGCCAACAUGGGUGAGGCCCCAUCCACACUCCAGAAGCAGGCCAACCACCGUCUGUACAUGCCCCGGCCUCCGUGUGGCUACGACUUUGCCGUGCCGAGCUAUUUAGGCUCGGGCUCCUACACAGCCCUCUAUAAGGACCCCAGUAGCCCCCAGACGGAGACCCCUGAGCCCAGCAAGGUGAGCUCGGGCCUGGGUACCAGCACUGCCACACCCCACACCACCGGGGUCCUUUCGGGCCACGACCGCAACAACUACGACACGACCAGCAAGCACCACGGCUGGAAACAGAUCUUGGGCAAGGGGACGUACAGCGAGCGGGGCGAGUACGGACAGUUUCCUGGCAACACCAACCACCACUACUACAACAGUGAGUACCCGUGCAGGUACCCUGGCCCAGCGCCAGCCACGCCCGCUGCCCUGCAGACCAUCAUCACCACCACCACCAAAGUGUCCUACCAGCCCUGCCCCAAGUCCUCCGUGGUCAAGUACGGCGACAACAUCUACGACGUCAAGGGCCUGCCCAGCUGCAGCUCCCUGCUCGAGGACACCUCGCCCACCUCUUACUCCGAUCUCAAGAUUCCUGAAGAUUCUGGGGUCAUCAAGUCUGCGCUGUCGUACCAGCCGGAAACCCUGCCAGCUAAAAUCGAGAGGGCUGAGAACUUUGACACUUACCGUUACGGCAACUACGCGUCCAACAGCUAUCCCGACAGGGUUUCUCAUCCAUUUAGAUACGACGGAGGGGACUACUGAUCAAAGAGGAAGCCACCAAAACAAAGACUGUGAUUUGAUAGUUAUGCAAAUGUUCAGAAAGAACGCUUGGAACAGACUUUCUGCCACCAUUUAUCAGGUUUGUAAAGCUCUAUUGUUAUUUAUAUAUUUGAGGUGUUGGAUUGCAUUUGGACUGCUAGUGAUGACGCUACAUUGAGUCUAGACUCUUCAAGGAUGUUCCCAACAUUUCCCCAUUUAAUGCAUAAAAAAAUGCCACAAAGUAGUUAUUAUUGCCUUUGGAUUUUUUUUUAAAAAUCGGAUUAUUGUGUUUGUAGAAUAUGAAUAAUAUGUAUUCUUAAGGUAUUUUGUCUGUU